AUGGGGAGCACUGGCAGCCCACCAAGGAACUGCAUUUCGGGUUUCCGUAGCCUCCCAAACGCCUACGCCCAGUUUACCCAGCGACUGGUCUUCACUACCCUCGAGCCAAAGGAUGUUGCGCUCGGCCCAUACGCUCACCCGGUGACGGGCAAGCCAAUGCACCUCUUCACUCUCGACGAUGACAUGGUCUACACCCCGUUCAAAAACGACCACGGUCCACUCAACCUCGCCUAUACCUUUGACGCCUGUGUGCGCAUCUAUGACAAGCUCAACGCCAAGGAGCACAAGCGCCGUGCGCUGUGUCUCUACACCAGUCCCGACCCCGAAAAGAAGUCGAACAUGGCCCUCGUUGCUGCUCUCUACGCUCUCAUCGUCGAGCACCACGACCCCUGGGAUGCGUUCCAGCCGCUCGCCCACUUUGAGCUCUUGCCGUUCCGCGACGCGGGCAACGGGGUGAACGAGUUCGGCGUCACUAUCCAGGAUGUGCUGUACGGCGUGUGGAAGGCAGGCAAGAACGGUCUGCUUCAACUGCAAGAGUUUGACGCCGACGACUACCGCUACUUUGAAAGGGUCGAGAACGGUGACCUCAACGUCUUGGGAAGCUUUAUCGCAUUCGCAUCCCCGAUGGACCCGUCGUGGAUCAUCCGAAGCACACCGCCGGGCGAGCGUCCUCCGAUGUACAGCUCGUCGCAAGGCCGCAUGUUGACCGCGGCUUUUGAGAAGGUCAUGACCAAGUUCUACGAGGAGGACGUCAAGCUUGUCAUCCGCCUCAACGAUGAGCUGUAUGACCGCAGCCACUUUGUUCAGACCGGCAUGGACCAUGUCGACCUCUACUUUGACGACGGUACCAACCCCACUGAUGAGAUCGUGCGCGAUUUCAUCCGCAUUGUCGACGACACCAUUGCCAGGGGAAAGAAGGUCGCCGUCCACUGCAAGGCCGGUCUUGGUCGUACCGGUGUCCUCAUUGGAGCCUACCUCAUUUACAAGCACCAGUUCACCGCAUCCGAGGUGAUUGGAUACAUGCGCGUCAUUCGCCCCGGUAUGGUUGUCGGUCCUCAGCAGAGGUACAUGCAGCUCAACCAGAUGAAGUGGGCCGGAUGGGCAGCCAUUGACGCUCACCGCCCACCCAACUUCUCCGACUCUUUACCUUCUCCUCCCAUGGAGAACGAAGUAGAGCUCGUCCCCGUUUCCUCCCUUCCGCAGGUCGAGACCCCCUCACGCCCUUUGACCCCUGCUAAGCGUGUCCCGGCCCCUACGCCCUCUGGCAAGGGUGGCGACGCGCCUUGCCAACCUCGCAAGGGCCGCACACUCGUCGAGGUGACCCCCGAGCCCGAGGAGAACCUUCCCCCCAUGCGUUCUCGCAGCUCGACGCCAAAGCGCACUACCACCCAGUCGAUCCCCCCAUCACCGUCCUCGGAUCGUGGUGAAGGCUCAGUCCGGGGUAUCAAGCGUGGUUCGGGUCGCACCCCCGUUUCUUCCCCCCAGCCGGUUCGCGGCCAAGCUCCUCCUCCCGCCAGCACUCCUCGCCUAGCCGAGACGCAGGCCGGUCGUCUUGUUCGGUCGACCUCGAGUGCCAGCUGCAGCUCGAGUGUGUCCGAGCUCGACCAGCGAGCCACAAAGCGCCGCAACGGUGAUUCGCCCCUUGCCAAGUCGGGCCUCAGCUCCCCUCCCCCUAGCCGUGACACAACCCCGGCCGAUGACCUGCCCCCGGCACCGACCACUUUCCCAAUUGAGGAAAGCGAGGAGCCAACCACGCCUCCUGCGUCCAAGCUCACCUUUGACUCCAACACGCAGGUGAUGACACCUCCCAGCCCUGCGCAGCGCGAGCUCCCUCGUUCGCGUAGCUUGAUCCCCCGCCGUGGCGGCAUCCCCAUCUUCAAGGACGAGAAGCCCGCACGUCGCUCUGGCAGGACAAAGUCGGCGACCGAUACUGGGUCUCUGUCAGACUCGGAGGUGUCCAGCGCUGUCUCCAGCAGCGGUGUGGCGUCGACCCCGUCGUCCAACACACGCAGUAACAAGGUUCCCUCUUCGACGCGCAGGGCGCUCCUCUCCACCCCGAGGGUGUGGAACACACUCUCUCGCCUUGGCGGUGCCGCUCUUGGCCAAUAA